AUGGCAUCAGAAAUGCAGAACUCGAAUCCUACAAUAUUGAAUGCUGCUGAUCUUCCAACACGCUUGCGACCUGCACUGUCUCGCAAGGCUGGGACCUUUUGGAAUGAUCUCUUUAUAUCCGCACUUCCCUCUGUGUAUGCGAGUGAAUUUCUCCCAGAGAGCUUUAUUUCAUCUUCAGAGUCAGAGGGUGAUGAUGAUGAUCUGUUGGAAGAGCCGAUAGAUGAACAAGAAAUCUACGAUCUCGUGUCAACUAUAUCUGAUCCGGAGCAUCCGAUAUCGUUGGGAGCUUUAGCAGUUGUGUCUCUUCCUGAUAUAUCUAUUACCCCAACACUCCCAUAUGUACCAGCGUCGCCCCUUCGAACAGUUACUGUCCUCAUCACCCCUACUAUCACCCACUGUAGCCUCGCCACAGUCAUAGGUCUCGGUGUACGUGUUCGGCUUGAGCAGUCUCUUCCUCCACGGUUUCGUGUGGAUGUGCGAAUCAAAGAAGGGACACACAGCACUGCUGAUGAAGUGAACAAGCAGUUGGCGGACAAAGAACGAGUGGCCGCUGCCCUGGAAAACGGAACACUAAUGGGCGUUAUCGCGAAGAUGCUAGAGACAUGCCAGUGA